AGCAGGCACAUGAAAAUCCACACAGGACUGAAAAAAGGCCGCAGCAAGGUUAGCGACAUGGUCAGCAGUGGCAUUCAUGUGAGGUCAAGACCUGGCGGGAGCUUACAUCCAGACACUUCCUUACAACCAGGAAGUGAUGUUAAAGCCCCAGAACCUGAGACUGAAGCAAACCACGAAACUUUGAAGGAACCCGGAGAAUCUCUGCCCCAUUUAAACUCUCUGAGGAGUGACGCUGUCUCUCUGAGUGAGAUAAGAAGUACUGAUAAGGAGGCAUUUAGCUGCUCUGAGUGUGGACGGACAUUCUGCCGUAGAGACCACCUGAUCAGCCACAUGAGAACGCACACUGGAGAGAAACCAUUCAGCUGCUCAGUCUGUGAGAAACGUUUCAGCUGUAGCGGGAACAUCUUGGCACACAUGAGAAUCCACACAGGAGAGAAACCGUUUGAAUGUUUGUUCUGCGGGAAGAGUUUUAGCCAGAAAGGAACACUGCAGCUUCACGUAAGAAUUCACACAGGAGAGAAACCCUUCACCUGCCCUUUUUGUGAUAAAAGAUUUGCGCACAAAAGACGCAUGACGCUGCACAUGUCUGUCCACACAGAGGAGAAACGGUUCAGCUGCAGCGCUUGUGACAAAAGGUUCACCUGGUAUACGCAGCUCAAAACGCACAGGUGUGUCGGCGAGCCAUCACAGCUCCGCCAGAACCAAAGUGAGAAGACAGUUCCUCCGAAGAAGUCCUUCAGCUGCACUGAGUGCGGUAAAAUGUUCAGCCUCAAGGGCAAUUUGAAGACACACAUGAGAAUUCACACAGGAGAGAAACCAUUUGGUUGUUCAGUUUGUGGAAAGAGUUUUAAACAAAACGUGCAUCUGACUGAACACAUGACAAUUCACACAGGGGAGAAACUCUAUAAGUGCAGCAUCUGCGGUAAAGGAUUCAAUAAGAAGUUACUUAUUAAAAACCACACCUGUGUUUAAGCUUGGACGCUUUAUCAGCUCUGAUCACAUCCACAGAUUUAUAUUCAUAAGUCACUUAAUAUUAAAGCUGUAGUGAUUCAUAGUAUGUUUCUGAGUGUUGCAUACAUUUUUGUCAUUUAUAUUGAAAAUAUAGAGCAUUGAGCCUAAAUCUUCCUGCAUAAGGUUUAAGUGCUGCAUCCUGACAGCAACAAAAAGACUCUGGGAUGUGCAAUACAGUGGAACCCCGACUUACGAAUAUCCCAUUUAACGAAAAAUUCAAGUUACGAAGGCACUU